AAAUGAGGUAAAUGAAAACAUGUAUCGAAUGUAAAAUGAUUGGUCCGUGAGCAAUUCUUUACAGGACCUGUUUAGAGCCACUAUAGGAUGGUGGUUUUGUUAUCGUAGCAAAGUUGAAGAUAGUGUUCAGAGCAUGCAAGCAGAAACAUGGGCGAAAAAUAUAAGCCGUGGAUCAUCUUUCUUCUUCUACUGAUAAUCACGCGUUCUAGAGCCAGGGAAUUGGUUGGAAGUGGAGCAGUAAACAAAAUCUUGGAAGCAAUCUCUGAUGAGAAUCAUGAAACAGUGCACACAGAACAUGAACAUGCACAUGUUCAUUCCCACAUGGAUCACAUGGACCCUUCUGUGAUGGUGUUCCUCACCUUUGAAGAUUUGAAGGUUGGAAAAACAAUGGCAGUUUAUUUUCCCAAGAGGGACCCUGCAACCUCCCCCAAGUUAUGGCCGAGAGAAGAAGCUGAGUCACUCCCUUUCUCAUUGAACGAACUCCCAUACCUCCUGAAAAUCUUCUCUUUUUCUCCAAACUCUCCCCAAGCAAAAGCCAUGGAAGACACCCUGAGGGAAUGUGAGAGUAAAGCCAUCAAAGGAGAGGUAAAGUUCUGCGCCACCUCUUUAGAAUCAAUGCUUGACUUUGCUCAAACCAUUCUUGGCUUCACACACGAACUUCAAGUUUUCACCACCUCCCACCAAACCAAAUCCAGUGUCACUUUCCAAAACUACACUUUCGAAAACAUAGUAGAGAUCCCAGCUUCCAAGAUGGUGGCUUGCCACACCAUGCCUUACCCUUAUGCUGUUUUCUACUGUCACAGCCAAGAAAGUGAGAACAAGAUGUAUAAGGUGGCGCUUGGUGGUGAAAACGGGGAUAGGGUGGAAGCUAUGGUUGUUUGUCACAUGGAUACCUCCCAUUGGGGUCAUGGUCAUGUUUCAUUUCAAGUUCUCAAGGUUGAACCAGGAACCACUUCUGUGUGCCACUUUUUCCCAGCAGAUAAUCUCAUCUUGGUUCCCAAACCUGAACAGCACGGUCUUGCAACCAUGUGAUGAUGUGAAUGUUUUGUGCUUACGCACGUUGUUUCUGAUGUCUGCUUGCUACAAUAAGUACUGUGUCUGGAGCUAAUAGUUAAUACAAAACUUGUUAUGGGUAUGUGUAAAUUGUCUACUUAUGAACAAGAGGUUCAGGCUUGUACAACUACAAAACUUCUAAGGACCUAUGAGUCUAAUAAGUCGUGAAAAAAAUAUUACUACUUAAUAAACUAUAUAACAUACUGAGUUAUA